UAUGUCAACACAUGUAUUAUUAUCCCACAGCUGUUAGAAGAAAUUAAUUACUAUAUGUACAAGCAGUAGUUUAUGUUCUGAUAUUGAAAACAGAUUCCAGUCAUUUGAAGUUAUUAGUGAAACGAAUGUCUGGUUUGACGAAAUUCAUCAGUGACAGUAUAUUCUGCACUGAUUAUGAAAUCUAUUUGCAGUCAGCGACGCAAGAAGGAUUGUUUUAAAUUGUCUAUUUGGAGAAAAUUCAUAUUGAAAUUUGGACUACAAUUGUGAGUGUUAAUUGGAAACAUAUUCCAUGUAGUAAUGAUGCGUAGGAUUUGUAUAUCUAACAUACCUGGUGACCGUAUUUAGGAGAACUGUCAGUUGUCAGAAUGAAACACGGAGAUAAAGCUCAUACCAUGUUGCUGGAGAAUUUAAAAGUCAUUUCGGAACAUAGGAGGCGCUCUUUAGCGGCAAACGAAAAUUACAGGCGAAUGUCAACGCUGUCUUCCCCUCAUCAUGUGGGUAGUACAAGCUCAGGACAAGGGCGUGAAUCAGACGGAACAAGCAAUCUAUCAUCAAGAAGCGCCUCGAUACACUACGAUUCUAAAUGCAAAAGAGAUUCUAUUGCAUUUGAGCCACAGGGUUGUUCUGUAAACACAAACAAAUACCGACGGCAGCGGGAUACAUCAAAACCAGAAGUGAAAAUAAUACCUAAUCCAAAUUCAUUAUCAACGUCUGCAUUACCACCGAAUAGCUCUAUCACAUCGAUGCAGAUAGCUGUGGAUAUGGGGGUGACAGGAGAAGCUGGUACGGGAGCAUAUUAUCCGUAUAUAGAGAGUGGACCCCCGGACCCUAAUGCUAUAAUAAGGAGUAAGGAAAUUUCCAAACGUGUUGUGUUAAAUGUCGGUGGUGUUAAACAUGAAGUGUUAUGGAGAACAUUGGAUAGAAUGCCUCACACAAGACUUGGAAAAUUGAAAUUGUGUAAUACACAUGAAAGUUUGAUGGAAAUCUGCGAUGAUUAUUCAAUAGUUCAUAAUGAAUAUUUCUUUGAUCGACAUCCAAGGUCGUUUGCUUCUAUUUUAAAUUUUUAUAGAACAGGAAAGUUACAUCUUGUGGAAGAAAUGUGCGUGUUGUCUUUCAGUGAGGAUUUAGAAUAUUGGGGAAUAGAUGAACUGUACUUAGAAUCUUGUUGUCAACAUAAAUAUUAUCAAAGGAAAGAACAUGUUUACGAGGAAAUUAGAAAGGAAGCUGAGAGUUUAAGACAAAGAGAUGAGGAAGACUUUGGAAGUGGAAAGUGUUCUGCAUGGAGGUCAAAAAUAUGGGAUCUUUUGGAAAAACCUACAACUUCUAUGGCUGCACGUACUUUGUCAGAGAAAAUUUGGGCCAAGCUUUCACAGGUUGUUGCCAUUGUAUCCAUAUUGUUCAUCGUUCUCUCUACUAUUGCCUUAACUCUCAACACGAUGCCACAGAUGCAGAACAAACCUGGCAAAGACAACGAACAACUGGACAUAGUAGAGGCUGUAUGCAUAGGAUGGUUUACAUUAGAAUAUUUAGCAAGAUUUUGGGCAUCUCCUAAUAAAUGGAAAUUUUUCAAAGGACCUUUAAAUAUAAUAGAUCUUCUAGCUAUUAUGCCAUACUUUAUUAGUUUAGGGUUAACAGAAUCCAAUAAAAAUACAACAGAACAGUUCCAUAACGUUAGAAGAGUUGUACAGAUUUUUCGAAUAAUGCGAAUUCUAAGAAUUCUGAAACUAGCAAGACAUUCGACUGGGUUACAGUCAUUAGGAUAUACUUUACAAAGAAGUUACAAGGAAUUAGGAUUAUUAUUAAUGUUUCUAGCAAUUUCAAUUUUACUUUUUUCUAGUUUAGCAUAUUUUGCCGAAAAAGAUGUGUAUAAGACCAAAUUUAUCAGUAUUCCCGAAACAUUUUGGUGGGCUGCCAUCACCAUGACGACGGUCGGUUAUGGAGAUAUUUAUCCGACCACAGUCCCCGGAAAGAUCGUUGGAAGUGUUUGUUGUAUAUGUGGAGUAUUAGUUAUUGCUCUACCUAUUCCAAUUAUAGUAAACAACUUCGCAGAAUUUUACAAAGAUCAAAUGAGACGGGAAAAGGCGCUUAAAAGACGUGACGCAUUAGAACGUGCAAAACGAACCGGAAGUAUAGUGUCAUUUCAUUCUAUAAAUUUGCGUGAUGCUUUUGCUAGAAGUGUUGAUCUUUUAGAAGUUAGCAUAAACGGUAAUAGACAAACUCAGAGGAGAGAUAGCUGUGAUGGAUAUAGUGAUGAUGGGAAAGGAUCGGGAUCUCCGUGUGUAACCAAGUCUAGCACUGCCACUUUAAAAGCUAGAAAUGAAAGCUGUGAUACAAAAAGUCUUCCUGGCACUCAAAAACAAGGUACCUCUACUGCAACAGAAUCUACUGACGAUUGCCUAGAAAGAAUGGCGUCCUCACAACCUGCACUAAAUAUCAGCCAACAGGAACCAGUGCAAUAUCAACCUACUGCUGAUAACAAUAAUGUCACACGGUGCACAAUUGAAAUGAAGACAAUAGUACGACAAAACAGUAACACUAGUACAGAUACUUACAAUAGUUGUCUGACUCAACCACCGAAUAGUCCUCUUAACAAGUCGCCAGCAAGCAAGACCAAUAUUUUAUGUAGUCCUACAUGCAAGACAUUGUGUGGGAAAAUUUCUUCAAAUGCUCAACAUAAUUUAUAUAUAAAUCCUAUGGAUGACUCCGAUUCUGGUAUGGAAACUAUAAAUUCCGAAUUAAAUGACCUUACGGGUAUUUGUGGUAAAAGUACAUUCGAGAAAAAAGACUCUGAGCAGCCACUAGUUGUAAAUGCAUUUUCCGAUCCGCCAAUUAGCCAAUCGAACCAAGUGAUACAAAAAUUGAAUGAAGGUUUCACUACAACAUGGCAGCUAUAUCCAAAUUCCCAGCAAGAAGAUGUUAGGCCUGAAAUUAAACCGCCUAGCACUGUGCCACUUGGGAAUCCGAAAAGGUCGAGCCUUAAGAGACACAAAUCAGAGACCAAUGAAAAACAUCCUCAUUUUAGUGAUAUUAAAGAACGCAGCUAUUCAUCAACAGACAAUCUACACUCUGAGUGUACAUCUUCAAAAAACAAAAGUAUUAAAUUUAGGAAAGCUGUAUCUUUAGCUAGCAGACUUCAUUCUAGUCCUUCAACAGGACGAAAACUUGCAAAUUAUCACCUCAUCGCAAAUCCACAAUCAGGAACAUUAGAUAUGGUGGGCAGAGAGACAAAUACAAAAACAAGAAGCUGCAGUAGCUCUCCAUUAUUUGAACAGCCACCGGCAAAGAAAAAAUCAAUUUUGAAAAAGGAUGACCUUCAAAAUAAUUUUCGUUCGACAGAAAAAUCGACGAUAAACGAUGAUGACGUUUUUCUUCCUGACAAUAAUGUCAAUUUUCAACAAACACAUUCUAAUAUAUUUUCUGAAUUAAAUCAGAUUCCAGUUAAAGAUGGUAAUGACAACAGUGGAAAGUAUUUGGCGAGUCCUAGUUCUCAAAUAUCAACAGAAUUCACCGGAAGUCAGAGCAUCGGAGAUUUAGAAUUCAGUGACAGUAUGGCAAAUCAACAUAAAUUAUCAAAUUGGCAGUGUGAUGGUCAAUCGUGUCAGAACGAUACAAGUCCAUCGGAUAAUUUAGAUGUAGACGAAAGUAUAUUAGGCUCAAAUUCUUGUGAUCAUUCUCCUUCUGACAUGAGUUUUUCUUCUCAUAAUUUUAACAGGUUAUCUCCUCUUGACAAUGAAAACCUGGAUGCAAAAUCAAAUGCUGACCAAAAGGAUUUUAUAUAUUCCAACUCUAAUCAAAGUACCGUAGUACCUAUAGAUGCUUUAAUUAACAAUCUCAGUAGACAGCAUUCUGGAGAUAGUGGCAAGGACCAAUAUACGUCUGCGAAUGCAAGUGGGUGACGGAAUGUGUGUACUAGAAAUAGAUUUAAGAUAAAGCAACCUUGGGAUUUGGAAAUAAAGACAGAAAAGAGUACUUGAAAUGCAGAAAGAAGCAUUUGAAGUUCAGUGACUGAGAAUGGUCACAAGCAUUUGACUGUUUACUAUGGAAUAGUUAUAGGAAGGUUCAGCUCAGAAUAUGAGGUGUUUGAUCCCAUUGUCUCUGACCGUUUGCUUGUUGCGUCAUUGUAUUUUCGGCCAGUAUCAUACCAUUUAGAUAUCAAUAAUUUCUUUUUAAAAAAAUCUGUUCACAAAUCCUUAUUAGGUCAGAAAAUAUAAAAAGUACCAUUUGUAUAAGUCAGUUUCCAAAGUCAUUAAGGUUCAUUGAGGUUCAAUAAUGUUACACUUCUGAUUCUUAUUUUGAAACUAAUCACUGUUAUUUAUGAAGCGAGAAAACUUUGAUUUCAUUGUAAAUAUAAAAAAAACAUAAAUUAUACAUGUAUUAACUAAUCCUUUUCAUUACACGUUGAGCAAUGCAAAUUUUUCAAUAUUGGCGAAAUCGUUUAAUGAUGAAAAUGUGAAAUAUUGUUUUGGUACUUGAUUUUUAGUCAUUAGAUUGUCAUUGUUAUUGCCAAAAAUAUAUACCCGACAUGGCAUUUUGCAUUGGGUAAAGUAUGACCUUUUCUUUUUUGAGAAAGUGGCUGCUGAUAAUUUUUCUUACACAUCAUAAACGUCAUUUUAUUCUAGCAGUAAAGUUGGUAAAAUAAUCGCAUUUUUCAUAAUGUAAAUUAUAACUUUGGAUAUCGUACACCACUGACGUGAAAUAUUUUCGAAAGGCCAGUUAAUGGACCUUAAAAUUGGUUUGUAAUUAUGUAUUGAUAUAAAACCUCUUUUAUGAAAUGUGAAGUUGAUAUAAAGAAUAGACUAGAAGUCUAUUAAUAAAUUAUAAUGUAUCGUAUUCAUUUUGAAGAGUAAUAAUUUAAGUCUAUUGAUAAAUCAUAAUGGAUCUUACUCAUUUAAAGAAUACUAAUUUUGAAAUAACAGUGAAAAUCAAAUAACAGACAAUGAAUUGAACAAUCGUUAAGAUACAAUGUGUAUGAAUUCAUCAUACUUAAAUAUUUAUAAAAUGUCCCAAACCUUUAUAGAUUACUCAUUUCAAUUGAACAUGACGAUUGUUUUUUCUUCCUCAAGGCUGGGGCAUAGUGAUAUUCUAGUACGAUGAUUACCACGAUUAUCAGAAGAAUAAUACCCAUUUAAUUGUGCUUGAUUGAACAUACUUUUGUGAACCUUUUAUCUUUAAAAACCACUGAAUAGUAAAAUUACUCUUUUUCAUGUUGAAUUUGUAUGAAGUCUCCUACACCGCUAUUUAUAUAUCCUACAUUAAUAUUAUUCUUGUGCAAUUUGCAUAAUUUACAUUAGAUUAAUAUAGAGCUUGUAAUGACAGUUAAUUAUAAAUUCUACAUAAAUGUCAUCGGUUCAAUUUUUGUAUCGUUUAAGGAGAACAGUAUGGCACGCUGCAUUGAUAUUUAUUCAACAACUUAAAUGUCUUUUUUCUUUAUUAGAUAUCUUUACUUUCAGAAGAUGUCUUUAAAAAUAUUUGUAAGAUAUCUCAACUGUUCGAUAUGUUAUAGAUUAAGGCGACAGUAGUUCAUCGAUCUUCAAAUAUCGUAAAUCGAGUAAUAAGAAACAAAACUUUUUUUUCUAGAUAUAUUUAAUAUUUAACAGGAUUUGUGUAUAUUAGAUAUAAUUUACAGUUUAUACAUAUCUUAAAUAUUUAAUGAUAUAUCUUUUUAAUUUAAAAAUAUAUCUCAUAUAAAAUACAGGCUAAAAAAUAUGUAAUAACAAAAGAAAAAUAUCGUUUUAAAUAUGAUUAAAGUUUUAAGAAAAGGACACAUGUUAUUUGGAAUGAUAUAUAUCUUUGAUAUAUUUUCGAAUUAUGACAAAGAUUUUUGAUGAAUUUAUAUAAUACCUUGCAGAUUUUAUAAGAUGUCGAAUAAAGUAUUGUUAAGAUAUCUUAAGGGAAUGGGGAAUGUGUCAAAGCGACAACAACCCAACCAUAGAGCAGACAACAUAUUAGGAUAUAAUUUAAAAGUAUCUCAUAUAAUAUUUAGUAUAUCUAAUAUCUUAUAAGGAAAGUUUAUAUGAUCAGUAAAGUUAUAAAGGUGUAUCUAUUGGAAUAUAAGACAUAUUAAAUUUUGAAUACAUAUGAGUAUAGCGUGCCAGUGACUAUGCGGUGCUAAGUUAGUGUGCUUAGGAAUACUUGUUUUAUUGAACACCGUUAUACAACAAUGCCUUUAUUCGUAUUAAAAAAUCUAGUCCAAGUUAAAGAGGGAAAAUACUGCAUAGCUAGAAUAUAAUAUAAGUUUUUCGGUAUAAUUCUUAAAGAUAUUGUUGUCAUUACCAUUACUGAUUAAUACAUUUUAUAUUAAGAUCAUUUGUUACGAUCUAGAGCCUUCUCUUAAAUUUUUGACAGAACAAUAGUAUAUUGAACACUUGCCUGUAGUCUGAUUGUGAUUUUUUUUAGCUGUGAUAUUAUAAAUAAAACCAAAUAUAUGAUGGUUUAUGAAAAUAGGAUGGAUUAUUAUAAGUUUGUUUUGAACAAGUGAUAUGAAAAGUUGUUGCUGAAAGUUGCCAGCUGUUAUAUAUAUAUAUGUUAUGAAAUAUGAUUUUCCAUUACAAUUCUACGACGAUGGUCGAUUUCAAUUCCUAGACAUAGAAAUACACAUUUGCCUUAUUUUUUAUUUUUUAUUUAUAAAUUUUAAUCAACUAGGUUUUUUAUAUUUUGAAAAGCAUGUUAACAUUUUGUUAUAAAUUUGUUUUGUUAAUUAAUUUAAAGAUAUGAUGUGUUUCGCUUGGGUUUUUUUUUUUUUAAUUUUUAGUUCACUUUCCUUUUUUUACUCGACCUCGUCUCGUUACCAUUUGUUUUGAUUGUUAUGUGAUGCUACCACCUUUUUGUCUCUUGCACUACUGUUGUUAUCUUGUAUAUAAAUGUUUUUGUCUUCCUGUUAUAUUCCUUGCCAUUUCAUGAUUUUUUAUAACUUCCUUUCGAUGAAAACGUUAUUUACACGUACUUCAUAUGAAAUGUAAAUCGAGAAUAUAUAAGGAAGAAUUACUUCAUUACUAUUCGGUAUGAGCGAAAACGUUUUAUCUAUUGAAUAGCGUGUCUUGUUGACGUUGUAUACAGUCGUCCUUGUUAAGUUUUAUGAUGAUAGAUACUACAAAACAGGACAGGAAAAUUAUGUUAUUCUCUCCAGUGUAAUACAAUUCAUUUAUUUGCAUCAGUGCAUUUAUUUUAAUGCAAUUCUUACUCGACAGUAUAUCAGAUGAUUCCAACACCCUACAUAGUAGCUAUGCAAUUACUAUUUCUCUCUAAGAAUAGCUCUCUGCUCAGUCAAACACAUAAGGAUGACGAAUUUUGUUAAUCCUGGGUUUUUUUCAAAUCUCAACUGAUCUGUAAAUAUUUCGAUUAAAAAUAAUCAAGAAUUGUGGUCAAAAGAUACGCUUUGUAUAAUAAUAAUAAUGCGUGCUCUAUUCACAACCUGAUGAGUUCACUUAAGCUAUUUAAAUGCGUUUCAUUACAAUUUAAAUCUAUUUUACUAACCUUUUGCAAGGCAUCAUGUAAACUAUUCCUGGACUUAUUGCAAAAUGUUAUUCUCUUUCAGUAAGUGUAAAUUUAAGCAAUGAAAAGUUUUGCAAAUUAAAGAUUGAAAGCUGAAACUCGUUCCAAGAAACAUCAUAUAUUGAAUAUUUGUUUAUGCUCCUUUGAAAUAUCGAAUUCGUCUAAACUGGACCAUAAUACGGUGAUAAAAUUCUACCACGGUCGGCACAUUUGUUCAACGCCGAACGAUGUAUAGAUAAGUUAAUGUCUAUAAUUAACGGACAACAACAUACUUAACAACUUGGAAUCCUUUAAAUACAAAGAUUUUAAUUGUUUUUAAAUAAGUAACCAUGCUAAACAUACUUCUUCGCGACACAAUUGGUUAAACCAUUACAUGUUAUGUUUAUUACAUGAAUCAUAACUUCAACAAUAUAGUUGUAAAUGGAUAGUCAGCUAUUCAGAAAUUGUCAUGUUACUGUUUUACUUUUGUUGGUGGUAAUUCAUACAUAUCGUUAAAAUUAAAUACAUGUUCAAGAUGCGAAUAGAAUAUGUCAAAACAAAUUCUAUAUGAUGAUAAGUACGAAUUCUUGUAUCAAUACACAUUCAUUUCGUGUUUUAUUCGUGUCAUUUUCACAGAUUUAUAACAGAUUGUAUUACAUAUAACUUUUGAUUUACAGAUAUUGUUAUUUAAUAAUAAAAAGUAUAUCUGUUAAAGGACAAUAAACCUAGAAAGUACGUUGCUUGUUCCUCUGGUUCAGACAUUCUUGCAAACGCAGAUUUUGUUUUACGGUUUUACGCUCGUGAAAGUUUAGAUAUAAUAUUGGUUUCACGAGAAUGUUGACAAUCAACUAGACAUUGCUGAUUAGAAUAAUAAUAAAUACUUUUUGGAAAAGUUUACAAUUCAUUUUUUUUUCGUAUUCACAUCUAGAUAUAUGUAUGUAUACCUUAAUAAAAAUUAAAACAUGUGUUUGACGGUUAAAAGCAAUGUGGUAUAGGACAACCUUGUCAGAAACAUGAGAGUAUUUACCAAAUAAAUGAUAGUCGAGUUUAUAUACUUUUAAUUGAAAAAAACAUUAUGUGGACAUUAUCAAACUGUAUAAAAGUGUAUAACAUAACCAAAUAUUGUAAAUGGUUUACAUAUAGCAUCUUUUCAUUGAAAUCAAACAAACUUUUUUUCUAGUACCAAAUUCUACAUUCGUUCUUAAAUUAGAAAUUUUUACCUUGCAUUAUUAUUAAAUAUUUAUUAUUGUUAAACUUAGUGUGUUUUAUAUAUGUGAGUUUUUUACUAUUAUUGAGUAACAUUGUAAUGAAAAUACAAGUUAGGUCAUUGAAGAUUUAUUCUAGACACAUAAAAUUUAAUGAAAGAAUGAA